AUGCCAUUGGAAGAGCAUGCAGCUAAGGAGAAAAUUGGAGAUGAUGGUGAGUGGGUUACCUAUCGAGUUUUUAAUAGGAAAGAGAAGGAUUAUUCUGCAACUGUGAAGAUGAAGUUGGAAAAUAAAGAAGCAAGAUGUUCUUGUCAGUAUUUUGAGUUCAUGGGAAUCCCAUGUGAGCAUAUUAUUUCUAUUUUUUUGGUUGAAAAUGUUGAGCAGAUCCCUGAACAUAUGAUUUUGCGACGCUGGAGCAAGGAAGGAAAUGAUAUAAUUAGUACAAAUAAAUACAUUUGUAAUUUUGAUGGUGAAGGACUCCUUCGCGGCUUUGAAAUACGCUCUAGAGUUUCAAAACUUAUUGAGCUUGCAGAUAGGUCCAAUGAAGCAACUAGAUUCGCUUGUAAUGGUCUUGAUUCUCUCACUGAAUCUUUAGAAAAAUUUCCAAGACCUGAUGAGAGUAUUGGUCUUGAGGAUUUUGAUUCACAUUACUUGAGUUCUCAAGCUGAAGAGUCAUCUAUGAUGAGAUUGAAUGAUCCUAACAUUUCACAAACGAAAGGUCGAAAAAGGGAGUCACACAAUAUCUCACAGGGACGUAGAAUUCAUAGUGGAAUUGAAGAAGCAUCAAAGAAUACUAAUAUUUGUGGAAAUUGCAAGAAACGAGGACAUAAUAAGCGUACAUGUAGAGAGAAAAAUUUACAUUGA